AGUUUACGGUGGCGUUAGCCGGGCGGCGGGCGGUGCACGGAACGCUCCACGUGGGGCAGGUGGUGGCGGACCGGCGAGCGAGGCUACCACAGGACCGGCGAGAUGGACACGGUCGGCACCGCUGCUCUGCUGCUGAUGUGGGCUGCACUAGGACAAGUUUGUUGUCAGCAGCAGCGGUUCCGUGUCCGUCCGUCCAACGUGAGCGUGGUGGAAGGAGACAGCGCCAUCUUACGGUGUGAAGUGCAACACCAAGUCGGGCAGCUCCAGUGGGCCAAGGAUGGAUUCGCUCUCGGCUAUUCUCGACAACUUCCGGGUCACUCGAGAUACAGAAUGCUGGGUGACCCGGGGUCAGGAGUGCAUGACCUGGAGGUCACCAACGUGACCCUGGAGGACGACGGUCGGUUCCAGUGUCAGGUGUCGCCGAACCGGGGACAAGACGCCAUCCGAGCUGACGCCAUACUCACCGUUCUAGUGAAGCCGCGACUGGUCCAGCUGAGUUGCGGCCAGACCUCGCCGACGGCGCCCGAGGGCAGCUGCGAGGUCAAGGAGGGCGAUCAGCUGACUCUGGCCUGUGACGUCAUCGGGGCACGGCCGGCUCCGAGCGUCCGCUGGCAGCGGGAGGGCGAGGACAUCCACCCCAGACAAGAGGUUUCAUAUUCCGGCUGGGGUCAUCCGGGCCGUAACGACACGACCUCUGUGGUGACCCUGCGACCCACGGCAGCCGACGACGGAGCCGGUAUCUCCUGUGUGGCCCAGCACCCGGCCAUAGCGCCCGAGGACCGGCAAAAACUGAACGCCACCGUGCGACUCUCAGUGCUUCACCCACCUGGCGCUCCGGAGAUCAGCGGCUACACGGAAGGAGAAGUGGUCAGUAUCGGGCAGCAGAAGACGCUCACGUGCAUCUCCAGAGGCGGAAACCCGCCCGCCCAGCUCGUCUGGCUCAAGAACGGACGGCCGAUCGCCUUCAAGUAUCGAAAAAUGACUCGUCGGGUUUUAGCCCAAUUUACAUUCACGGUGACUCAGGCUGACCUGAGCACCAUCUACCGGUGCGAAGCGUCUUCCAUAGUUCAGCCUCAGCCGACGGUGGCGCUGGCACAGAUGAACGUCCAAUUUGGUCCCGAGCGAGUCACCGUGUCGGGAACGCAGGAGGCCAGAGGCGGAGAUACAGUGCACAUGUCCUGUAUCACAUCCAGCAGUAACCCGCCCGCCAACAUCACCUGGGUCAUCAACGGCAGAACCAUGAUGAACACCACGCAGAAGAUUGAGCACAUCGCCGACCUGGGCUGGGUGUCUCGCUCGAACGUGACGGCGGUGGUGCCGGACGGCAUGGAGGAGGACAUGGUGUUCUCCUGCUACGCCGUCAACUCUGCACUGCCGCUGACCAAGCUCAGCACCGCCACCGUCCGUGUCCUCUACCCUCCGGAGCCGCCGACGAUUCUGGGCUACGAGUCGGGCUCCCACCUGCGGGCCGGAGAGCGGGUGUCUCUCUCGUGCGUCUCGCAGGGCGGCAACCCGCCGGCCACGCUCACCUGGUACCGGGGCGACACGGAGCUGGCCUCGAGCACAGAGGUGCGCGACAGCGUGGCCAGGAGCGUGGUCACGUUCCAGGUGGACCACGCCGACAACGGACGCGUCUACACCUGCCGUAGUACAAACUCGGGCAUCAGUGGCUUCCAGUCGAGCAGCGUCACGCUCAACGUACACUUUCCUCCGUCGAGCCUGAAGCUGGAGGUCCGUCCGGACGUGUUGCGGGCGGGCAGUCAGGCUCUGUUGACCUGCGAGUCGAGACCGUCGUACCCGGCGGCUGAGCUGACCUGGUGGCGAGAUAACGUCCAGGUCACCGACGGGGUCACCGCCCUGGAGACAUUCAAAGCCGGCAGCAAGGGCGGGUUAUCCAGCCGGCUGCAGCUGCGACUUAAUUUGACCUGGAUGGAAGACGGAGCCGUAUUUGGCUGUCGGUCAAACGCGUCCUCUCUGCCCGGUGGACUGAUUGAAGAGACGAAGCUGAACGUCCUCCAUCCGCCUGUUUUCUCCAAGCCCGUGUACGAGAUCGACAUCCGUUCGGGCGAAUCACGAGUGGAAAACCUGACGGCGCUAGCGAACCCAGCCAGCGUGCGGUACUCUUGGGAGCGGGAGGGUGCCGCGGUGCAGCGGGACCGAUGGCAGGCGAGGGAUGACGGGUCGUGGCGGCCGGAUGGAGGCUCCCUGCUGACACUGAACGGUGCCCGCCGCUCCCACACCGGCUGGUACCGCCUGACCGCCGGCAACGGCCAGGGCAACACCACCGUCCGGGUGCACGUCAACGUUCUCUAUCCUCCGGAGGUGGACUCCAUCUCCAACAUAUCGAUGGUUUACCCCGGGGAAGACGGGGUGAUCCGGUGCUCCGUGAACGCCAACCCCAUGGAGGACUACAUGAUCUCCUGGCAUCGAGAGGGCUUCAACCUGGCCUCGGACCGGGUGAGCACGUUCACGAGGAACGGCACCUCCUACCUGACGGUCCACAACGCCACCAAGGAGGACAUCGGCGAGUUUCUGUGUCGGGCUGACAACGGAGUCGGACAGGCCACCGCCACCGCCGCCCUGCUUGUCAAACACGCCACGGAGUUUGUCGGGCAGCGCCAGUGGUCGCGGUCAGCCACGGAGGAGGGUGGCGUGGCCGACCUCACGUGCAGGGCUCGAGGUGUCCCCAACGUCACCUUUCAGUGGUCCAGGCUGGAUGGACGUGACCUGAACCCCAUCGCCGGCUCUGACAAGCUUCAGUACGAAUACACACAGCUGGACCUCGUUACAUGGCAGUCGGUGCUCCGCAUCAAGGACGUGCAGUCCUCGGACUACGCCACAUACGAGUGUGUCGCCCUCAACGAGCUGGGCUCCCAGCGUCAGCAGAUAGAGCUGGGCCGUCCCAGUGCACCGGACCCUCCGCUGGGUCUGAAGGUGGUCAACGUGUCACACGACUCGGCCACCGUGGCCUGGGAAGCCGGCUUCGACGGCGGCCUUCCUCAGGUUUACCAGCUACGAUAUUAUCCCAUGUCGGGCAAGAGACAUCUAAGUUAUGUCAAGGUGCAGCCUCCGAAUGCCACGACCUUCACUGUGGACAAGCUGGCCCCUGACACGGCCUACAGUUUUGAUGUCAGAGCAUACAACAAGAUAGGAAAGAGCACGUAUUCGAUGGCUGUAGAAGGCAUCACUAUGCGUGAUAUGGCCUCGGCCGAGCACGAGCAGCUGACGCUGGAGCAGGGGCAGCUCCCGUGGACGGUCGUCAUCGCCAUCUCGGCCGUCGGAGGUGUGCUGCUGGUGCUGAACGCCCUCCUCAUCGUCUUCUUCGUGAGACGACGCAGGCAGAGGACCAAGAACAGCACCAUCGACUCGGCCUCGACGAGCGACACCAGCACAAAGUCUGAGGCGGCGCACAUGUACGGCGCUAACAACGACUCUGCCAGCUCCCCGUCCGUCAACAGCUGCGGCAGCUUCAGCCGCGGAGACAGCCUCGAAGAGUGUGCCGUGCUGUCCAGCAGUGGUGGAGGUACUGCCGGGUUCGGUCCCUGCGUGGGCGUCCCCCUGAUGGAUCCCGUGGCGGCCUCCCCAGCGGACCUGUACGUCCUACCGACGUCUCGCGGGGCUGCCGGACGGCCGUUGGGCGUGCCGUCCUCCCCUGCAGCCGUGCCACCAUCUCCAAGCUCUCAGACGCUACUGAGGAGCUCAUCCCGCCUGCAGCAGCCGCUAACAACCGUCUCGAGUAGCCAGACUCUGUGCCGGAACGGCCACCGCCGUCUACCGACCGCUGGAAGUCCCCCGGGCUCGUUCUCCGCCGGCGUGCAGUACGGACUGGCCAUGGCGCCCGAUGAGCACUACCUGUCCCCUGGAGUUCGGCCGACCUCAGCCGAACAUUACCUGUCACCCCCGGCCAGGUCACCGACCGGGCGAUAUCUGCCACCCUCGACAGUCGCGCUGGGCGCCGAGCACUACCUGACACCGUCCACACGGCUGGCAUCGGCACAGACAUCUGCUACUCUGACGCCGACACGAACAAACGAAACCCAGGAACAACAGGAGCCACAACAGUUCUGGUUUCGCUCCGACCAGCGGCCGGUCGUGCAGGCGCAGUACUCGUUCGCGCACGCGCCUCCGUUCUCCCAGCCGGCCGGACACUUCCCCUAUCUAUAGCGUGGGGGCAAAGACGAAGCCUUGAUGGCGAGCGGGGAGACCAUGCGUCAUGAAAGAGAUGUGCUGGCGCUCUGGGUGCCUCUAACCGGAGGACAUAGGUAUGCGGCGGAAGUGUGCGAGGUGAUGGCUCAAGAUUGCGUUUUAGGACUGCGUGACUGCGCUCUUGGUGCUUCACGAUAUGUCGUCUGAGAUUCCGACACGCUCUACGGAUUGAUGCAAUUGAGAGCGGGAACGACUCGCACUGAUCUAACUAUUGGCUGUGAUUUCCUGGACUACGCUCGUUGGUCCUGGGAACGAUAGCCUCACGGUGCGAGGGGCGUGCCGGCGUGUAGGGCCGUCUGAUGGUUCUGGUGCUCCGCUAGUGGCGGUACAGUUGCGGGCUCAGUGACUUAUAGAUCGCGGUGGAAAUGACGAGCAAAGUGGACUCUUGGAUUUGUAGGUAUAUGCGUCAUCGUAUAUGGGAUGGAUUUGGAAUGUGCAGAAGGCUGGUAGGCGUGGAUAUGAGAACGAUGCAUUGAAUCUGCGUAUUGUAUUAUUUUGUGUAUAUUUGUGUAAUAUCUACCUACCAAUGUGUUAUAGAACGGCUCCUUUUGUGUCAGUCAUCUAUGUCCUUCGUGUUCAGUCAAGGCGCAUGGUGGACGUUGGACCCGUUCAACCACCAAGUGUCCGAAGUUCGUUGUAAAUGGUACCCAUUAUUUAAUAAUCAGUUGCUCUUACAACUAAUUGCCACAGUUCCAACUUAUGACUGCUUCAAAAAAUGAAAUGGCCCAGGUCCCUAAAUCACAGGUAUUUACCGUGGUUUGAAACUGCAUAGUUUGAAGGCCUUGACACGUGUAUGCUUAUGUUGCAUCCUCGCUUAGCUGUAUAAAUGCGCUGUAUUCACUAUUUGAAAACGACAAGGCACCUCUGUUGUACCCUAGUCACGCCUUUAGCUGCUGCAUUUCAGGCUAUGCAAGGCUGUAAAUAGAUCAAAUAUGAUAUACAAAGCUUGCAAUCUCUGAAGUGUUUAGCAAUAAAUUGUUUAAAACUG